AUGCCGUCCACAGCAUCGUCCGCGACGAUGUCCGCGAUGCCGCUCACGACGGUAGAGGCUGGCGAUCAUAUCUACAAUCGCAUGCUUCUCCCGUUUGCUGAUGCUGUGUGUUUCUUUGCCGACGAUAUUGGCGGCGUAGAGGUCGUUGCCCAACGUCUUGCGUCGUGGCUGGACCUGAGUACGCCGUCCACAUCGUCGGUGCGGCCCUGGUUAGUGGUCGUCGUGAACGGCGACGAGGAGGAUUCCGCACGAAGUCGCCUGCUACAGUCAAUCCGCCAGAGGACAAACGCCCACGUGUCCGAACGAUUCCACGGCGUCCGCGUCAUCAGCCUGGCCGACAAGACACCUAAGUCUCUCCGACGCCGCCUCGAUUCCCUGCGUUGGGACAUACUCAGCAAUGAGCUGUCCUACAUGACGGAGACGAAACGGGUCGAGCGCGUGCUCGCCAGCUGCCUCUUCUCGGCCACCCACCUCGCCGGCCUUCUCCGCCACGCCACAGAGCACGCCGGCGGUGCCGGCGCGCCGCCCCUCGACUUCCUCGCCGUCUCCCGGCUCGAUAACCCGGUGGCGGCCGAUCUGCCGGCGCACCUCGCAGGGUUCCUCACGCACUGCGACUCCGUCGACGACCUGAAGAGAUUCGCCGUGCCUGUCAUCGCCUCCAGCUUCAUACUGGACCAGUACCCUCCGGACAUGCACCUCUUCGAUCCGCGCGACGUCUUCCAGAUGUUCUACAAGGACGUGUGCCACAACGUGUGCGGCACCGCCGUCCUCGCGCACGAAGGGUCCACCGACUUCCUCCUGCCGUCUCAGUUCGCCAAGAUGGUCGAGGGGCAGAUGGCCCGUAUGUUCCGGCAGCUGACGACGGGCCAAGCCUCAGCGUCGCUGCAUCGACAGCUUGUCGCCGCCUUCGCGGAGGACUGGGUGCAGCUUCGGUCCAACAGCACAUGCUACCUUUGUCUGCGGCGCGCUCCGCAGGUCUUCCCCGCGUGCGGCCACGGUCACUGUCUGAACUGUGUCGAGGUAUUUGGCGUCGCAAGUGCGGCCGACCCGUGGCUCAUCGAAGUGGCCGAGUGUAUCCUCUGCGGACAAAACAUUGACAUGCAGAUACGUGUGUUGAAGCAGCUCGAAGACGACAUCGGGCUGCCCGGCCAUCCGGUACAGCAGAACUUUGACGUCGUCUUCGGGACGAGCUCAGGUGCCAUCAGCGCUGGCGCCCUCUGCAUCAACGGGUGGACGGUGGAUGAGUGCAUCGCCCGCUUCGAGUCCCUUUCGAACCACGCGUUCACGCCUCGCCGGGUCCCGUCUGUUCCCAUCAUAGGCCCUCUCAUACGACUGAUGAUGCGGAUCCCCUUUUUUGCCACAGUCGUGCGUGCCGCAGCCUUGCUUCUAUUCGACAGCAGGUACCCGUCGCAGCACAUCGAGAAGGCUCUGCGAGACAUGUUCGGCUCCGGCAAGCAUCGCCGACUACUCGGCGGCCGACACGAUGGGUGCCAUGGUUGGCAUGACGGUCAAGACGCAAGCGCCUGCAUCUUCACCAGCUACAACGGAGUGGGCCAGCGGGCCGGCGAUCGCGAUUAUGAACUCUUGAAGGCAACCGCCGAUGGGGGCCGCGUGGCUUUGUGGGAGAUUGUCCGAUGUGCAACCGCUGCUCCGUACUAUUUCACGCCUUGGUCUAUUGAAGGCCUCGGCACCUUCCAGGACGGCGGCUUAGUGGCCAACAACCCGUCCUCGAUCGCGCUGCAAGAGAACGACUGGCAGCGGGUCGUCGCACAGAAGAAGGUGGGUCGAUCCGGUGAGUUCUUCCGCUUCGAUGUCGAGUUCGACGGCUCCGAGCCACCUUUGGACAGCCUGUCCAGCUUCGACGACGAAGAAGAUGAUGGGUGCACCUUUGAAGGCCUCCCCGCCCUGAGACGUCUGAGAUUGUGCGCGAGGGCAGAGCUGUUCAUCUUUGAGCUGCGUGCUUCACGGCCGUACCUGUUCUCCGAUGGGGGGUACGACUGCCGCGGACAGAUUUGUUGCCGGCUGCGCGCUCGCUCCGAGAGCCUGACGGCGUUGAUGCGGCAGCUCGCGAGCGGCAAGGCGUAUUUCCGCGUCGGCGGCCGUAAAGUAGCUUGUGAUUUUGCGUCAUACCCGGCGGCCUUCCCGGAUGGUCAAUUCCGUCUGGACGUGAAGUUUCGCGCGUCGCACUGCAAGUCGCUCGCCAUGGAGACCGCGCUCGCCGUUUGCCUAUGGGAGACCGCCGAUGAGGGUCGCGGCAUCAGCGGCUCGCCGUUUACCGUGCAGCAGCUGGUGCGGAGCCAAAAGCUCGAGCAGUGCUUCGGCACCUCUGAUCAUCGUAAGAAACGGCGACGGGACGAUGACGACGACGAGGACAAGGGCGCAAGCCGUAAGCAGCCGAGAUUCAAGCGGUAG